AUGGCCUCCUCAGGCUGCCUCCGAGCUGCCAGCGGCGCCGCCCGCGGUCGCUACGGCACGCUUCUCGUCGAGCUAAGGCGACGCGCCGGCGGUCCUCCAACCGCGGCCAUGCGACAACGGCACGUGUCGUCGGUGACCGAGCCGCCGCUGGCGAUGCAGCCGGUGCCGGAGGACGCGCCGCCGCGGCAGACGCCGCCGAGGCUCGGGGAGCCGGACCCCGUGGGGCCGCCCACGCCGUCGCCCAAGGAGAAGAUCACCGGCACCCAGGGGGACGGCGACGCCUUCCCUGACGACGUGCCGGACACCACCCCGCCGCCUGACGUGCCGAUGCCUCCGGUCUCGCCCGACGGCGGCAGCAACGUCUAGCUCUAGCGACGUUGCGUGUGCUACGCGCAUCUGUUAAUUAAUCUGUGCUUCGU